CCGGACCCCUGGGCUCGGGAACGGGCUCCAUCGCGGACUCCCGCUGCCCCGGGAGGAGCCGCCGGCGCCACCGCAGUCCGAGGCGGGGGCGAGGGACCUGGAGCCCGGUGGAGAGCCUUGGGAACCCCCUCCACCCAAGCUGGCCAAGAAGGAGCAGAAGUCGAAAAAAGGCCCCGGGAAGGGGCUGGAGACGCCCCCAGGUAAAAAUAAGAACAGGGAGAAAAAGAAGAGCCAUGAAAAGACUGCUAGUAUUGACUAUGAAACUCAGAUGCUCUAUGAAGAUGUCAGAGAAAGUUGUCCUCCUCUUGGUUUGGAAACAUUAAAAGUUAGAGAUUUCCAGAUUCAUGCUUCAACAGUAAAACGCUAUGGCUUGGGAGCUCACAGAGGCAGGCUAAAUAUUCAGGCAGGUAUAAAUGAAAAUGAUUUUUACGAUGGAGCCUGGUGUGCGGGAAGAAAUGAUCCUCAUCAGUGGAUUGAAGUAGAUGCUCGACGGCUGACCAAGUUCACUGGCGUGAUCACUCAGGGAAGAAACUCUUUGUGGUUGAGCGACUGGGUGACAUCCUACAAAGUCAUGGUGAGCAAUGAUAGUCACACAUGGAUCACUGUCAAGAGUGGAUCUGGAGAUGUGAUUUUUAAAGCAAACAGUGAGAAAGAGAUCCCUGUUCUCAACGAGUUGCCAAUCCCACUUGUGGCUCGUUACAUCCGUGUUAAUCCUCAGUCGUGGUUUGAUAAUGGGAGCAUCUGUCUGAGAUUGGAAAUUCUGGGGUGCCUAUUACCGGAUCCCAAUAAUUAUUAUCACAGAAGGAAUGAAAUGACAACUACAGAUGAUCUGGAUUUUAAACAUCAUGAUUACAAAGAAAUGAGACAGAUGAUGAAAGUGGUGAAUGAAAUGUGCCCCAAUAUCACAAGGAUUUACAAUAUUGGAAAAAGCCAUCAAGGACUGAAAUUGUAUGCUGUUGAAAUCUCUGACAACCCAGGAGAACAUGAAAUUGGUGAGCCAGAAUUUCGGUACAUAGCUGGGGCUCAUGGGAACGAGGUGCUUGGACGGGAGCUACUGCUUUUGCUAAUGCAGUUUCUCUGCAAGGAGUAUAUGGCUGGGAACCCUCGGCUUGUGCGCCUCAUUGAGGAUACUAGAAUCCAUCUCCUCCCUUCAGUCAACCCAGAUGGUUAUGAGAAAGCUUAUGAAGUGGGAUCAGAAUUAGGAGGCUGGUCUCUGGGACGAUGGACCCAUGAUGGUAUUGAUAUCAACAAUAAUUUUCCUGAUUUAAACACUCUGCUUUGGGAAUCUGAAGAUCGGCGGGACAAUUCCAGAAAGGUCCCCAAUCAUCAUAUUCCAAUACCAGAAUGGUAUUUGUCUGAAAAUGCUACGGUUGCAGUUGAAACCAGAGCAAUAAUUGCGUGGAUGGAAAAAAUUCCAUUUGCUCUAGGUGGGAAUUUACAAGGAGGAGAAUUGGUGGUGGCAUAUCCGUAUGAUAUGGUUCGAUCAAUGUGGAAAACCCAGGAACAUACCCCUACCCCUGAUGAUCAUGUGUUCCGCUGGCUGGCCUACUCAUAUGCUUCUACUCAUAGACUAAUGACUGAUGCAAGGAGGAGAGUGUGCCACACGGAAGAUUUUCAAAAGGAGGAUGGCACUGUCAAUGGGGCCUCAUGGCACACAGUUGCAGGAAGUAUGAAUGACUUCAGUUAUCUUCAUACAAACUGCUUUGAUCUGUCAAUAUAUGUGGGUUGUGAUAAGUAUCCUCAUGAGAGUGAUCUGCCUGAAGAAUGGGAAAAUAAUCGAGAAUCCCUGAUAGUGUUCAUGGAACAGGUUCAUCGGGGCAUUAAAGGCAUAGUACGAGAUUCACAUGGCAAAGGAAUUCCAAAUGCCAUCAUUUCCAUUGAAGGUGUCAACCAUGACAUUCGCACAGCCAGUGAAGGUGAUUACUGGCGCCUCUUAAAUCCAGGAGAAUAUGUGGUAACUGCAAAAGCAGAAGGCUUUACCUCCUCAACAAAGAACUGUGCAGUUGGCUAUGAUAUGGGAGCUACCUGGUGUGACUUUACUCUCAACAAAACCAAUCUGGCAAGAAUUAAAGAAAUUAUGAAGAAGUUUGGAAAGCAGCCCAUCAGUCUGUCAUUCAGGAGAAUGAAACAGAGAGCUAGACAGAGGCGUCAGUGAAUAGGAACUGCGUAUAAAAGAUGGAUUGACAAGCUCUCCUGAAAUCAGAAUCAGUUAUAUCAGUAGUUACAUAAGCAAUGUGUUAAUGUAUUUUUUUGUUAUAUUGUUACUCAAGGUGUGCCAGUUAGUUUGCAUUGUAAUAAGGUUCCAGAGACCUAAGCUGAGAAUACUUCUAGUUUUGGUUCUUAAUUUACUUGAAUUUACUUGACUGAGCAGCAGGGUAACAUUACUUGGGAAAAGGAAACCAGUCAAAGUCAGAUCUGGUCAUUUUAGGGCAUUCUCUUCUAAACUGGAAGAACAAACAAUGUAUCACUCAUUUGUGUGACAAAAAGAGUAUAGUGUUCACUUUCCAGUACUGCAUUGUUGAUACCACAGUUAUUGCUAGUUCACUGUUACUACACAAUUAUUUUGCUUCUUACUAUGUUCUUUGUUACCUUGAAAGGAAGCUGUCAUAAAUAUUAAAGCAUUCAAAAUUGUGGAAAAUAAAAUCAACAAUAAAAAAACCACAGGUGAAACAAGAA